AUGCCUUCAUUGACAGACAUGCAGCAGCAUUUUUGGUCAUGUGGACCCUCAAACUAUAAUGCCAAUAAGAUUGUUGGCGAAGACGAGGCCGUACCACAAUGGGAUGACUCGAUUCCUCCACAAGUUGGCAACACAUUGUACAGUAUUUACCCCGCUCAGCAACCCUUCACCCAACCCCCCGGCGACGUUCCUGAGGGGAGUUCUCAGGGUUUAGACACGAGCUACGGGACCCACAAUCCCACCGAGGCCGCUUCGGGAAGACCCGUGAAGUGGGAUCCGACUGUCCUCGACAACGAGGAAGAGAACGAAGAAGGGCAUGCGGGGCGGUGGUGGGAUCGCCCCGACGGACUGCACCUCAGCGCAUUCGCCGUGGGGAGCCUCAAGCCGGACGCGCGGUCGCUUCUCAGCGGUGCGAACCCGGUCGUCAUGGCGUUUCUCCAGCGUCGCCAGCAGGAGAUUAGCAGGGAGCCCACUUCCCCGCGAACCCUCCGGCACCGAGGCAUCGACGGGGUCCUCGCGCCGGUGCCGCUCGCACUGACGUGGUACCCCGCGGCGGAGUGUGGCACCCCUCCCCCACGCGGCCACGAGGCGCCCCCUGUGGCGGCUACCCGAAAAAGAGGCCGUCCGUCGCCCGACGAGGAGGACCUUCCGUAUCGGAGCCCACUCAAGAGGACGCCGGCGCGGGUAGGGGGCUGUACAGAGGAUGCGGGGCACGAAACCGCGGCGUCAUCGGGGCCUGGUAUGCCUCCACCGCAGUCGCUCCCCAUCGGAGGGGGUGCUGCGAAAGACGAAGCCCAGUGGGAUCGUGCGAGGAUUGCGACCAAGCGACAACGGGAAGAAAACGUCUUUGAGUACGUUACCCGCGGCCCUCGCUUUAACUGA